CGGCCUUUACUGAUAGCCUGCAGGAGGAAGUAAGACAGAUUGAAAGAAAAGAUAUAAGGAAGUACUUUGAACUGCUAAUAUUUUCCUUCAAGUCCUCCCUGCUGAACUUGUGAAUGUUGUAUUUUCCUAAAGUUUAUAGCCAGACACUAUUUGUCUUCAAAGAUAUUUGGACAGUGAGACCAAGGCCAAGUUGACUGCAGGGACGUGAAGACACUGUGUGAUGUCUCGCUGCACACAAGGAGCUUUUUGUGCACACAAGACAAAUCACAGGACUCACAUGCUUUGGAGGGAAAGUCAACUCCGCGUCCAACCAGUCUUCUUCACAGAAGAGACAGAAGGACUACCAGCACAGUGGACUGAACAUCCAACAUUAGAAGAACUGAAGUACGGCUGCACCAGGAGGACUAAAACACACAUGAAGGAAGAUCAGCGAGAAGCAGAGGACCAAACAGAAGACAUGUCACGAGACAAAAUAGAUAAGGACGAAGACACUGGGGAGGAUGCUAACCUGGAGGUAGCUCAGCUGCAGGGCCUGGUGGCGGAGCUUCGUGACGGACUUCAACGCUCCAUGGUGGAGCUUUGCGAGGUGCGUCAGAUGGACCGAAGGCUGGAGGAGAAGCUGCGGGCCCAUCAGACUGAUGUGGAUGACAGAAUUAUGGGCCUGAAGAACUCGCUCAAUACUUUCAAGGAGGAGCUGAGUGCCGCCAUGCUCCAUAUCCAGUAUGUGUCCAGCAGACAGAGGGAGGUGAUCCAGCAGGUGGAACAGCUGAAGCAGCCUGACAGCAAACUACACAGAAAGAAUUCCAAGUCUGACGUGCUGACAUCACCAGAGGACGAACGCCUUGGCCAAUCAGAAGUCAGCAUCAUUCAGCACUACAGUGGAGAGUCACCACAGAGGAGCGCGUCGACACAGACACCCCCCUCGGCCAAAAGUCCAGUGUGGGUGCAGGACAGGAACGGCAGAGAGGACACGGACAGCGUGAAUGAAAACAGUCUGAGACAGCAGGCUGCCCUGAAGCUGCUGGAGUCUGAGAGAAUCUACGUGUCUCACUUGUCGCUCUUGCUGAAGGCCAACAUCUCCUUCAACGGGUCGGAGGUGGUCGCUGCCAAAGACAAACGUCCCUUUCCCAGCUCUCUGAGGUUCCUCAUCCAGCAGCACCUGGAUCUCCUCCACACCCUCCAGGACCGCAUCCUCAGGUGCCAGUGGCAAGGCAUCAUGGGAGAUAUAUUCAUGAAGCUCACCAGCAAAGAGAGCGACUUCCUGGAUUUGUACGCGUCCUACCUAAAGGAGCUCCCAGAUUGCCUGGCCGUCAUCACCAUGCUGGAGUCCUUCCUGGAGAGUGACAUCAUGGGUGACGACUCCAAUCCCUCCUUGCACACGCUGCUUCUCCAACCAGUGCAGAGGAUUCCGGAAUACCUGCUACUCCUGCAGGGUUUGCUGAGGCAGACAGAAGCCAACCACCCCGACUACUACUUGCUGCUGGUGUGCAUCCAACAGUUCCGCACCUUCUCCAGUCAGUACCAGCACCUCCUCCAACACAACCAGGAGCUCCUGCUGCACAACCGCAAGGAAGUCAAGAGGAACCAUGCCAGCCAGGCCAAACACAGCAAGCAGCGUCUCCUGGAGCAGAUCCAGUCCCAUCGCUUCCACGACUGGGAUCGGGACCCUGAAACUAAACCUUAUGAGUGGCCUUCCCAGCUCCAGCACUACAGUCCUGAUGUGGACUCACGAAAGCGCAAAGGUCUUGGUUGCAUCCCAGAGAGCCAAGUGUCUGAGCGGUCCUGCCAGCAUCAUCCACCAUCAAGACCGUCGGAAUUCUGUCAAGUCCAACCAGGAUCAGCUCUAGCUGACGCAUUAGAGGAGUUUUUGCUCCCUGAGGAUCCUCCCGGGAUGGAUGGUCUCUACGAGGAGGACAGAAGUUCCCUACAUGAUGUGUCCAUGUUCGACCGUUGCUCCUCGGCCUCCUCCGACUCGUCCAUCGACAUCGCUUUUGUCAAGUGUCCCAAAUCUCCCGUAACGCCGUCGCACCACGCUAUGGUGACCAACGUGUCCACAAACCGAGAUAUCUUCGGCAAUGGAUACAACAAAGUUCCCAACCGAGGGUGCGUGUCUCCAGAUGAGGCCGUCCUCAUGCGACACAAUCAUCACCGCCCCCUUCAGGCCAGCCAGCGCAAAAAAAGCAAGUCGUUGAACGGCUUGCAGCUGGAUAGCCUGGCGAUGGAUGGAGGUCUCCUGUCGGAGCAGCGGGUGGGAGUGGGCAGCCACGCCAAGCUGGAGCGCCAAGGCAGCAAGGGGUGUCCGACUCCAUCCCGGAAGAGCCACAACUCCCCGGGGAACAGGAAGGACGUCGCGGAGAAGCAGAGCGAGGACCUUCACGGGCUGCUCGGCAUGGACGCUGGGAUGCAGCCCUGGGGGGAAGAGCCAACGUGGAGGGUCGGGGCCGAGGAGACCAACCACACCCCCUUCAGCGAGCGGAGCCGCAAGCAGGACAAAGGAGGCUUCAGGAGUUCCUUCAAGAAGCUCUUCAAGAAGAAAGGCGGUGAAGACAAGAAAGACAAAGCGGCAGAAAAUCAAGACAGUGAAAAGGAGGUGGGGAAAAAUUCCAAAUUUGUGGACGUGAACAGAGGUACGGCAGUGUGAAGGUCCAACAGUUUUGUACUGGUUUUCAGUACUAGUAUUCAUGACACCAAAACGCAUGUUUAAUCUAGGAAAAAUCACAGCUUCAUUUCACUCCAAUUUCAUAGUUGUUUAUCUAUGACUGAUUAUUAUGAUUACUUUUAUUUUGUUAUUGUUUUUUUUCAAUGUCAUGAGCACUUUAAUAUGGCCGAAUAUUAGGGCCACAUUGGAAAAAAAUAUUUGAGAAUGAAAUUAUAAAUUUAUCAAUAAUAAAAUAGUACAAGAACGUUUUACAUUCACGAGAAAAGUCGGAAUUUACCAUAAAGAUAAUAUCGUAAAUUUACGAGAAAAAAGUUGUACAUUUACAAGAAUAAAGUUGGAAUAUAAAGAAAAAUAAGUUGUAAAUCUACAAGAAGUCAUAUUACGAGAAUAAAGUCAUAAAAAAUGUAAUGAGAAAAAGCGUAAAUCUACGAAGAAAUAUUUGUUAAUUUACGAGAAAUAAGUUGUACAUUUGAAAAAAGUCGUAUUUUACCAGAAUGAAGUUGUAAACAUACAAGAAAAAUAUAAUUAAUAUGAGAAUCCAAUCAUAAAUUUGGGAGAAAAAAAAGUCAUACAAUUACAAAAAUAACGUUGGAACUUUAAGAGAAAAAAGUUGUUAAUUUACGAGAAAGUCAUACAUUUCCAAGAAUAAAGAUGGAAUUUUAAGAGAAGUUGUAAAUUCACAUGAAAGUCAUUAUGAGAAUUAAGUUGUGAAAUUAUGACAAGGAAGUCGUAAAUUUACAUGAAAAAUUUAAUUAUGAGAAAAAUCGUAAAUUUACGAGAAAGUUGUACGUACAUUUGUAAGACUGUUUUGUUUAGUUUCUUUCGGCUUUUUCCUGAUUACGGAGUCACCACUGACUAAAUGUGGAUAUUUACGACAAAAAGGUCCUAAACUAAAGUCCUAACUAUACAAGAAAAAUGUCAUAUUACGGGAAUAAAGUCGUAAAUGUAUGAGAAUAAAGUGUAGUAUUAUGUGUCAAGAGGGAAAAUACAUCUUAGCGCUGAGCUUACCCUUUUUAUACUGGAGCUGUCUCAGGCAAUGCCUGGAACAAAGUUACACUUUUUUUUUCUCGUAACGCACUUUACUUUAACAUUCGUAACAGACGUUGCCUGAGACGGCUAUGAAAAAGAUCUUUGGCCUUGGGCAAAGGUCAUAUGACUUUUUUUUUCUCGUAAAUUUACAACUAUUAUUGAAAUCUACCAAUGUGGCCCCAAUACUCCAUCAUACUUUGAACACCAUCCCAAAACCAUUAUAGUGUACCCUGCCAUCAUAACCGCUAGAGGGUGCAGUUUAACGUCAACUUAUCUGUAAAUGCCAUCCAGCCUUAUUUGCCAUUAAGCAUCAUUUCACUUUUUGCAUAUGUUUGAAUGUAUUAAUACCUGAAUAAGAAAUAUAUUUGAAUGUAUGAAUAUAUGUUAGUGGUUGAUAAAAAUGUCAAAUAUUUUAUUUUUGCUUUAAAUGUUCAAAAUAUAAACAUGUGAAAUGUGAGUUACAAAUAAAUGCUGGGUAUUCCAACAUGGAUCAAAUCUUUGGAUUUGGGAUGCAAAGCAAAAACGAGACCAGGUGAAAG